UAACUGAAUGGGCCUGUAGCGGACACUGGGCUCCUUUAUUGAUAAUAAAUUAAAUGCUCUUCUAUUUUUAACACUGAGGCCAAAUACAGCAUUUUCCUCGGAUACUGCUUCACAAAUUUGGAAUAUGUGACUUCUUGUCUUUAUUACUGGAGUGACAGCAGCCUCAGGACCAGAUAUGCUGCUGGUGAACAGGGCUGUGCGUGGAAACCCACUGGAGCCUUCAGAGGCGCUGACUGCGGGACCUAAGUAGCUCUCCAGGGUGCUGAAGUCGUCUCCAAACGCGACAGACGCAGCUGCCGAGCGUUGCCUGUCACUUUCCAGUCCUUGAUCCGAACACAAUGACUUGGAUGCGGCACCGGGAUCCUGGGAGUGAACUCUGUAGCAUGGUUAGGUGACUAUUUACAUGAGGACAGAAAGACCCUGGAGGACACCUGCAAGAUUGUCUAAAGUUGUCCUGAAAUGGCAUUACAAAUGGUGUCUGACGUGAACUCAAUUCACCAGUGAACACAAAGUUUCACUGGCUCGGAAACACUGGAAGGACAAUGCAACAUAUUCCUUCUAAUUUUAGAGGGGCACUAUGGGAGUCCAACCAUCCAUGUAUGCCCAUAGUUAAAAGCAGACCAACUUUAACGACACUGCCCUUCUAUAACUUCUUGUUAUGGAUCUUCCUUGGGCUUUUGACUUUCCCUUGUUGUGUCCGAGCCUUAAUUUUCAAAGUGGGGGUCCUGGGGCCUUGGAACUGCGACCCCAUCUACUACAGAGCGCUACCGGUUGCGGCCGCCAGACUCGCUGUAAGCAGAAUAAACGGAGAUCUAAAUCUGGAUCUGGGCCUGAAAAUGGACUUUAUUAUCCUCCAGGAGCCUUGUGAGACCUCUAAAGCUCUCACUGCGUUUAUCUACUAUGAGAAGAUGGCGGAUGCGUUUGUGGGCCCCACAAGCCCUGGAUACUGUGCUGCAGCUUCACUGUUGGCCCAGAAUUGGGAUAAAGCCAUUUUCUCCUAUGGCUGUGUCAACUAUGAACUGGACCGCGCAACUGGAUACCCGACUUUCUCCAGGACGGUUCCGAUUCCCACUGAUGUGCUGUUCACAGUGUUCAAGCACUUCAGGUGGGCUAAUAUCGCGGUGGUUUCGUCCAAUGAGGAUAUCUGGAUGGAUGCAGCUGGGCGAGUGGCUACUGCUCUGAGGAACAGGGGGCUUCCAGUGGGUCUGGUUACAUCUAUGGGUAUUAAUGACACAGAGGUGGACAGCACAUUCAGGAGGAUCCAGGCUGCAGGAGAGAUCAGAGUCAUCAUCAUGUGCAUGCAUUCAGUCCUGCUCGGAGGAGAGCAGCAGGCUCUUUUUCUUCUCAAGGCACAAGAAAAGGGCCUGACAUCAGGAAAGUAUGUGUUUGUGCCCUACGACACUCUCCACUACAGUAUGCCCUACACCAACGUCUCCUACACACCCCUGCAAAACAACAGCAGGCUGAGGGAAGCUUAUGAUGCUGUGCUUACUAUCACUGUUGCAUCUGAGCCUUUGUCCUUUAAUGAGGCGUUCAGUGCUGCAAAAACAUCUGAGGAAGUAACGCUGGCUGUGCAGCCCGAGCAGGUAAACCCACUUUUUGGGACCAUCUAUAACAGCAUCUACCUGAUGGCCCAGUCGAUCCACAAUGCCAGAAAAUCUGGCGUGCAGCUGUCAGCGUCAAAUCUGGCUUACUUCACCAGGAAUACAACUUUCAGUGGCUUUAACCAGGUGGUUAAGGUGGAUAAGAGCGGGGAAAUCAAAACCAACUACGUCAUCCUGGACUCCAGCAGGGGAAGUCGACUGUACCAGACAUACAUAGUGGAUUUAAUGUCUGAAGAGCUUCGGUUUGGAGGAAGGUCAAUUAGUUUUCCAGGGGGAUCACCUCCACCGUCUGAUUCGGCCUGCUGGUUUGAUCCAACAGCCGUAUGCACAGGAGGUGUAGAGAUUGUCUACAUCAUCGUGGUGUUCGUUGUGACCUUCUCUCUAGCUCUGGCAGGGCUUGGUAUAAGUCUUUAUAUAAGGAGGAGACUCCAACAAAUCCAGCUGGUCAAGGGUCCCAAUCGGAUCAUCCUGACCUUAGAGGAUCUUACUUUUAUUAAUCCUCAGCUUAGCAAAAAGAAAAUUACUCUAGAAGAUCUGAGUGAGUCUAAAAGUGCACUGGAUGACAAAUCUGGAGACCCCUCACACUCUGUGAACAGCAUGCAGACUGCAACUCAUGAGACCACCAAUGUUGCUGUGUAUGAGGGUGACUGGGUGUGGCUGAAGAAAUUUGAGGAGGGGCAUUUCAAAGAAGUGAAACAAAGCACUACUAAGAUAUUCACAAAGAUGAAGGAUCUAAGAAAUGAAAACGUCAACCCAUUCCUUGGCUUCUUUUCGGAUGCAUCCAUGUUUGCAGUUGUGACGGAGCACUGUUCUCGAGGCAGUCUUCAGGACCUGCUGAGGAAUGAGGAUGUUAAAUUAGACUGGAUGUUCAAAUCCUCACUUGUGCUCGACCUUAUUAAGGGCAUGAAAUACCUCCAUCACAGGGAUUUCCCUCAUGGAAGACUAAAAUCUCGUAAUUGUGUGGUAGACGGACGUUUUGUCCUCAAAAUUACAGACUAUGGCUUUAAUGAGCUGCUAGAGUCUCAGAAUGCCCCUUAUGAGGAAACCCUACCUGAAGAGCUAUUUUGGACAGCUCCGGAGUUCCUCAGAGACCCUUUGAGUGUCCGUAAAGGAACCUACAAAGGGGAUGUUUAUAGUUUUUCUAUCAUCCUUCAAGAGGUGGUGGUCAGAGGGCCACCGUACUGUAUGCUGGGUCUUCCAUCUGAGGAGAUUAUCCGUAAGGUGAAGAAGCCUCCUCCUAUGUGCCGCCCCACUGUGGCCCCAGACCAGGCUCCUCUGGAGUGUAUCCAGCUGAUGAAACAGUGCUGGAGUGAACAGCCAGACCGCAGACCAACCUUUGAUGAAAUCUUUGACAGGUUCAAGAUAAUUAAUAAGGGCAAGAAGACCAACAUCAUCGACUCUAUGCUGAGGAUGUUGGAGCAGUACAGCUCUAACCUGGAGGACCUCAUCAGAGAGAGAACAGAGGAGCUGGAGGUGGAAAAGCAGAGAACAGAGAAGCUCCUCUCUGAAAUGCUUCCACCCUCUGUGGCUGAGGCUUUGAAAACCGGUGCAACGGUGGAGCCGGAGUACUUCGACCAAGUGACAAUCUACUUCAGUGACAUUGUGGGUUUCACCACCAUCUCCUCACUCAGUGAUCCCAUUGAGGUGGUCGACCUUCUCAACGAUCUUUACUCGCUAUUUGAUGCUGUUCUCAGUAAUCAUGAUGUCUACAAGGUGGAAACCAUUGGUGAUGCUUAUAUGGUAGCAUCAGGUUUGCCAAAGAGAAACGGCAACAAACAUGCAGCUGAAGUUGCCAACAUGUCUCUGAACAUCCUCAGCUCAGUGGGAACCUUUCACAUGCGGCACAUGCCAGACGUGCCCGUCAGGAUACGCAUAGGAAUCCACUCAGGGCCCUGUGUUGCUGGAGUGGUAGGUCUGACCAUGCCUCGGUACUGCCUUUUUGGUGACACCGUCAAUACUGCCUCUCGAAUGGAAUCCACUGGGCUGCCUUAUAGAAUCCAUGUAAAUAUGAGUACUGUGAAAAUCCUUCGUUCACUUAAUGAGGGUUAUAAAAUAGAAGUCAGAGGCAAGACAGAACUAAAGGGUAAAGGGAUUGAAGAAACAUAUUGGUUGGUGGGGAAAACAGACUUUACAAAGCCUUUGCCAAAACCGCCUGAAAUCAAACCAGGGGACAACUGGCAGGAGAUGGUGACAGAAGAGAUCAAGACAGUUUUUCGCAAAGCCAGUCGUCUGGUGGACAAACAAAAGAUCUGAAUGAGGGGAAUAGAAGAAAAUAUGUGAAGAAACAAUUCAGAGGAGAAUAUGGAGCAUCAAGAGAGGGACUUACAAACACAAAGACGGGCUGGGAGGAGCAGACAGAGGACAGAGAACACCUGCCAGCCUCUCACUGUGGCUUAAUGCAGACUUUUUUAAGAGGAUUGUCCAUGGACUGGCUAAUCUGCCUGCAGCCAGCACAGCAGAACAUGACGGUGCUAAUGUAAUGAGAACUGUUGCAUUACCUGCCUAUGCACCUACUGAGGGUAACACGGCAAAGGUACAACUGUCCUAAAUGGAGGAUGCACUCAUUCACUCCUCUCUGCACUCACUGACCACUGAGUGGUCAUCUAUUGCAGGGAAACCAGAGGUUCACCCAUCACAAGAUUGAACACCCCAAACGCCUAUUUCAGUUUUUUGUUUCUGGCAACAAUAUCUUGCCUGUUUUUUUUUUUGUUUGUUUGUUUGUUUUUUUUAGUUCAAUGUGAAAGCUCAUAAGGUUUUACUUGGACAGAAUACAGAUGCAGGGCUGGGGCUGUUACUUAGCUAUGGCUGAAUGUUACAUGUUAUUAGUCCUUCAAAGUUGAAGGCAAUGGCUGCUAAUGUAUAUAAUUAUCAAGAAUAGAAUGUUAACACUUGACACUUUAAUUUCUACUGUUCAAGGAGAACAGAGAGUUAAAGCAGAUUGAUAGCGGGGUCCAAUCAUUAAGUGCAGUAUAAUUUAUCUGCUAUUGUUCACAUUGUAUGUUGAAAAAUGCCACUUUAGUGAAUAGAUUACACAGCUUUAGCUAUUGAAGCACAAUCUGACACAUGUUUACACGCAGCAAGACCCCUUACAUUGGUAUUUCUUAUUUUAUUUGACAAAGUGAAUAACUGAUGACAUGCACGUCAUGCGCAGACCCAAGGAAAAGUUGUUCAGAACUGUCCAGAAGUCCAGUCCUGCGAAUUACUAUCAAUACUGAUUUACCUGAACCGUUAAGUAAUUUAAUCAUCAAAUAACAACCCUAAUAAAAGGGUGGCAGUGCUUGAGAAAACAUAUAAAACAAACAAAUGAAAAAGAUUGCAAUGCUUUCCAAUGCUUUCUUCUUUUACAAACGGUGAAUUUAUCUGAAUUUAUUUGAAGGUAUUUAAGCAGAACAAGGUACUGUGUGCAAAGUGCUUUACUUGGUUUCAGCAUAGAUCAGUGCUGUUUUACCUACCGUACAUUUUUGGAUCAUAUAAAAUACUCCUGCUACAUUCAGUCAGGUUUGUUGGGUUAUUUCUUUUUUUAUGUCAUUUUCCAAUAUUAACCAUUUAAAAUAUUGCUUUAACUAUUGUUAAAAAAAUAAAUUGUUUUUGCACAGAUUAGAUCCAUGUUAGUGCAUUUCAGAGUCAGUUUCCAUCACAGUUGCAGUUUGUUUGAGCUGUGGCCAAGGAGCUGCUGAACAGUAACAUCUACUGUUCAAACUGAGACACUGCAAUUUAGCGCUGAAUGGAUCUGUUUUUGUGUGGGGAAAAAAAAAGCAGGCUACAGUAUGUAGAUGCUUGCUGCAUUGUAUUUAAUAAAGCCAUGUAGAUGUAAAAGGAAUACCUGUGAGCACAAAUUAAAAAUUAUGAA